UUGGAUGAACAACGCAGAACAAGAUGAGUCAGACCUGCGAUAAAAAAUCUUUAAUACCGUCUACAGGUGAUGAGAGUGACGAUUUGCAAACUCUUAAAUAUUGUUUUGUAAAAACCAAUACAGAUUCUGAGUGUGAAGCUACAAUAGAAAUUGAGAUGCAAGAAAGGGAUGCACAAGAGAAUGAGAAACAUGAUUUUAGAAAUGAAGAUAAUUCUGCGACCGAAAUAAUAAAAUCUGUUCAAGAAUUAAAUUUAGAAAGUGAUGUAAAUCCACCAAUUGAACAUCAGACUAUAAGCGAUGGUAUUGAAGACGUAAAAGCUACUAAUGAAGAUGAAGAAAUCGUGGACGAUAAAACUAAUCAAGAGAGUAAGUUAAUUAGGAAAAAAAUAGAACAUGAAGAUGAAGAGAUAGUGAAGACUAUAAGCGAUGGUAUUGAAGACGUAAAAGCUACUAAUGAAGAUGAAGAAAUCGUGGACGAUAAAACUAAUCAAGAGAGUAAGUUAAUUAGGAAAAAAAUAGAACAUGAAGAUGAAGAGAUAGUGAAGGCAAAAAUUAAUCAAGAGAGUGAGUUGAUUAAGAAAAAAAUAGAACAUGAAGAUGAAGAGAUCGGGGACGCUAAAAUCAGUUACGAGAAUGAGUUGAUUAAGAAAAAAAUAGAACAUGAAGAUGAAGAGAUCGGGGACCCUAAAAUCAGUUACGAGAAUGAGUUGAUUAAGAAAAAAAUAGAACAUGAAGAUGAAGAGAUGGUGGACGCUAAAAUUAACCAGGAGAGUGAGUUGGUUAAGAAAAAAAUAGAACGUGAAGAUGAAGAGAUUGUGGAUGCUAAAGUUAAUCAAGAAAAUAACUUGAUUAAGAAACGAGCGGAACAUGAGGAUGAAGAUUCCGAUGAAAAUAACGAAGUGGAAGUAAUUAAAAAAGGCUCAAAGUUUAACUAUUUAAAUUGUAUAAAAGGAUCAAAAAAGAAGUACUCUUUUAAUGUAAAUAAUAGACUCUCGAACAAAGCAGUAGAAAGACACAAACAAAUAGUAGAUGCAACAACAAAUGAUGAAACAUCUAGCUUAAGCCAACAUGAUAGUGCUCUAACAAAAGCCGCUGAGAACAAAAGAUCAAAAUCAAAAAUAAAGAAAAAUGUAGAAAUUACCGUUGACAAAAAUAAAGAUGAAAAGGAAAAACCAAAAUAUCCAGAUCCAAGACCAAGUUACACCAUUUGGUACAAUUAUGUUUAUGCCAUUGUAGUUUUUAUUCUUUUGAUUCUCGCAAUAUGGCUAUGUCGCAAUAUGAUUGCAAAAAUGAGCCCUUCACUAAGAUUUUGGCUGAUAGUAAUACCAGUAUUCAUUCUUUUUCCAGCUUUAAUGGAUUGAAAUUUCGCAGGAUGUACCGAUAAUCUAGAUUAUUUUGUCUAGGUACUUGCUGCAUAAUGAUGAUUUACGUUUAUCAGCAGGACUACUUAAUAUUACUGUAUUUUUCUGUAGUAUAUUAUUGUUUUAAUUUUUCAUUGGAUACAAAGCUAAGUAUAAAAUAUAUUUUUAUAAACUGUGUACAAGGAAAAUGAACAAAAAAAAACAUAAGACUGGUUAGAUGGCUAUUAGGCCUGGAUCCCGCGUACCAAAUAAGUUUAUUAGUAGCAAGCUAAAAAUUUAUUUAGCUUAACGGUAUCUAGGCGGACAAACUUUGAUGUAUGGGAACACGGGAAGUUUUAAUUGUGGAAUAGCUUACAGUUUUCAAACGUCAAACUACGAAAACAUCCCAUGUAUAUUGUCGGACAUAACUUCCAAUUGAUUUGCUACCCUUUCAUUAAACUCUCAUGCAAAAAUCAGACUGCUAUUUACCACCAAUAUAAUUCAUUUGAAAUGUUCUACGUGUCAGACUUAUUGAAAUGCCCGACAUAAUUGGGCGGAAAAACAUUUUUUCAUAUAUUAUAUAAAGUUUGCUAUUGAAUAAACUUUAAAACAACCUGCUAGUUUUCACAAUCAUAAACUUGUCAGGAUGACACAUUCUACAAUUAAAAUCACGUUCCACAAUUAAAAAAACUUCUGCUGUUCCAGUGUUCCUAUACAUCAAAGUUUGUCCGACUAGACACUGUUAAGCUAUUACAAAUUUUAAGCUUACUAAUAAUCAACUUUUUUUGGUACGCGGUAUCCAGGCCUAUUUUUAUAAUAUAAAUAUUGAAGUUAUAUGUAUCCUUAUAUUUAACAAUUUAUAUUUUUUAUGUGUUUAUAAUAUUUUUCGGCAAAAAUGUCUGAAUUUCAU